AUGAAGGAAACUGAUCCAAUAUCAAAUGUGAUUCUAUCACGUCUCAAUAACCCGUUGAUUCCUGCGGACAAAAGUGGUUUAGAGGUGUUCCAGGAGUCCAAACGUCAUAUUAAGUUCAAGUUCUCUCCUUGUGCUUCAGACAAUGGUUACGUUUUCAUUACUACUGAGCCAACACCUAAAGCUAAGGUUGCGCCUUUUGCUGAUGAUUUCAGAUUAGAAGCCAUUGGUGUGCCAAAGUCUUUGAGUAAUGUGAACGCUGACUACAUUCAAUAUUUAAAAGAGUUACAUGAAAUCUACCAAGGACUUGACACAUACAAGUACCCACUCAGUCUCUAUGAAAUAGGCUUGAUAAACAGUAAUAUUACCGCUAGAAAAACACAAGAUCGCCUUCUAUACGGAGCUCUUGAUUCUAUAAUCACUAGCUUGGGACUUGUGAUCAACAAGAAAGUUGACAGUGUUGACAUGAGGAAAGAAGCGGAAAGUUCAGAAGAAGAUAGUGAAGAAGAAGAAAAAGAUGAUGAUGACGAAGAUGAAGAUGAUGACGACGAGAGAAAUGAAAUUUAUGGAUUAAAGGAUUUGUGGUGUGUUUUGAAUUUUUUGAAGGCCACCUAUUUUUCCUCAGAUUUAAUUUUUGCUAAGAACUUUUCAACGUGGAUUAAUAAAUCAGAUAGCGAAAAUCCAUCAAGAGAAUUGCUUGACCAAGUUUUAGAUUUGGAAAACCCGUAUAAUAGUGACAUAUUUUUCACUUAUGUUAAUCAAUUGAUAAUUAGAGGUCUUUUCGAUCAGUCUUUGAAUAUUUUGCUAAGUUGCAAGUACCAAGAAUUGAAAGAAACCAAUGAUUUCACCUUUUACUUGUUUGAAAGCUUGAUAAAAUUGCUCAAUGAAUACCAUAUCAUACAUAAUGCUGGUAAUUCCAGCAUUAACGUUGGUGAAGAAAUUGUCGAAUAUAUCGAUGAACCAAUUUUGCAAGAUAAAAUUAAUGUUCUUUUCAAGGAUUUUAAGAAAAAUGCUCUUGAGUGUAUUGAUACGAUUAAUGAGUAUUUGUUAAGUUGUGAUAAUGGUGAUUUCAGUAUUAACUUAGACGAUCGAGCUUUGAUCUUACGUUUGAGAAAAACUUUCCUGUUACUUUCUGGUUCCAAGUCAGUGAUAUUAGGCCUGUCAUCCUCCUGGUUUGAGGCGUUGAAUGGGUUACUCUUGUUUGAUUUGCCAAAUAGAAAAUUGCUUCCUGAUCAUUUGGAAACUGUGCUCUCUUCUAGAAAUCAUUCAUUUGAAGUCGAUUAUACCAAUAUAUGGGAGACCUUGUGUUAUAGUUUAUUGAAGAACAACAAUCUAUUGCUUGUCUUGAAAUCUUUGGAACAAUUCAGCAGUGACACAACAGCUUUUCUAUCGGUGCUAUUAGAUGCGAAGGGUUUCUUGAAGGAUUAUAAUAGAAUAGAUUACCUUCAAAGUAAAGGCGAGCAAUUGGGAGGCAUUGGUGAUACAGUCUUUGAUUUGGAGCUCCACGAUGAUCAUGAUGUGGAUGAAUACGUAUCCGAGAUCAGUGACUUAUCUAUCACUCAAUUUUUGUUAUAUAAUUUCGCUGUCAAUUGCUUCAGCAACAAGAAGGUGAUUGAUAUUGGUGUUAGUAUAUUGAAGUCUUUGAACUUGAGAAAUUUCAAGCAAAUUUUAACCGAUUAUUUGCCUUAUAAUUACUACUGCGAAAAAAAGGAUGAUUAUGAAUGGUUGAUGAAUCUUUGUGCCGAGAAUAAAUUAAUCUAUUUAUCUAAUAAUCUUAACAAGUUGUUUGGAUUGCAAUUAUAUCAGAGUGGAGAUGUUUUACAGAGUUUAGAAACUUUGAUAAAGACAGGUGAUUAUAGGAUCGUUUCCAAAAUUAUUUGGGAAGUGGUGGAUCAGAAAUUGAUUGAAAAGUAUAAUUACGAUGAAUCGACGGAUAGCUCAUCAAUCAUUGAUUUAUUCGACUAUCAGGAUGAUGAUAUUGAUAUCAACGCUGUCGCAGAAUUAUCAAAUGAUCAGAAAUCUUUCUUGAUGGCUUACAAGCUUGAUCCUGUUUUAAAGAGAUUUUUGUCACCGUAUAUUCUAUUGGUGAAAUACAUGAAAUAUGAAAGAUCUAACAAAUUCAAUGUCUCAAAGUCACUUUUGGUGGAUUUGGUCAACUUCAAUUACUUACCAACCAAAACUCUCUCGAUAUUAUUGUUGUUACUCUUGAAGUAUUUCAAUUUGAAUUUCACAAACAUGUCAUCAAACGUCGGAAUAGGAUUAUCUUUAUUUGAGACUAGUGAAUUGAUGGAAAUUAUCCAAACAUUAAACAAAUUUCUGAAAGAAACGGAGAGAAAGUCUGAAUUAAGGAAAGCCGAUACAUACUACGAAGAAUAUGUCAAACUAGUUCAUACCAACCUUAAUCAUGAGUACACUGAAUUUGGUAUUGAGAUACCUGAAAAUAUUAGUGAGCUUCUAAAAAUAUUGAGAAAUAGAAUCUCAUUGGAAAUCUCAAGGAAGUACCUUGAAUAA